AUCAUCUCUCAAGAGAUCACAAACCUGAUCUUGAGCUUGAGAAGGAGAGGAUUUUAAAAGCUGGUGGUUUUGUCCAUGCAGGACGAGUCAAUGGCAUGUUGAAUGUUUCAAGAGCUAUAGGUGACAUGGAAUUCAAGCAGAACAAAUUUUUGCCAGCUGAAAAGCAAAUUGUAACUGCUACUCCAGAUAUAAACAAUGUUGAGCUUUGUGAUGAUGACGAAUUUAUCGUCCUAGCAUCUGGUGGAAUCUGGAAUUGCAUGUCUACCCAGCAAGUGGUAGAUAUGCAGGAAAGCAAGUUGUCUGUGGUGUGCGAGAGAGUCCUUGAUAGGUGUUUGUCGUCAACUGCUGGUGGUAAAGGGUGUAAUAACAUGACCCUGAUAAUAGUACAGUUCAAGAAGCCCGUGUUUUCGGCUGAAUCUGAGGACGAGAAACCCUCACCAAAAGAGGAAGCUGUAAUUGGAAGUGAUUCAAAGGCAGUAGUGAAUGAUUGUUAGUCAGUAAAAGGAGAGGGGAGUCAAACCUCUACCCACAAGCAGAGGUCAACAAAGAGCACAACCACCUUAUAAACUCUCAAUAGUAACUAGAAGAGAUUGUUAAAAUCUCAAUUUUUGGGCUGCUCUUGAAUGUUUAUUUGAUAACUUGAAUAGUAUGUACUCGUUAUAACAAAGUACAACCCAAGUGGUUGAAAAACAGAAGCAUAUUGUAUAUAAAUAUCUUUGAACGGUUUACAAGAUGGAAUUUCUUGGGUCUAAUUUUGUUUGACUUU